GGUUGACUGUGCGGAGUGGGCGGUGUCACUGCCUUGACUGACAGUUUAUGUAAUGAGCCGCGCAGUGCAAGUCUAUAUAUCUGGGAGGAGACACACUACGGUUCAUUCACUAGUAAUAAGGCGAGUGAUGAACGUCCGUGGCGCACUGACGCACCUACUUCAGCACCAAAACAAGCACUGAGCCGCGCGCGCACAGCGGAGUGACCAUUGUGGAGUACAGUACCAUGCAAGGAGAGGACGCCUGCUGACAGACGGACAGAGAGACAGACAGACAGAGAGACAGGCGGACGCACGGCUGUGGAUAUUAGUCUUCCCUCACCUUUGGAUAACUUGGAGAUUGGAGGCGCUUUCUCUGGACGCUUUUGACGCACAGCAACGAGGAGCUACGGGAGAACUCCCCCGUUAAGGAUUUACUUGUUUUUAGAUUUUGUCCCCCCUGCUGUUUCCCCCGAUUUGUUUACCUCUGUGUAAAAACACUUUGGAAUAGAAAGCUUCUGCUGUGUUUUUUUGGCUGGUGACGCGGCUGCCCUGGAGAAGCGAGAAGGAUGGCAGCUUGGUUCACCUUUACCAUUGCGUUCAGCACCACGUUGAUAACACAGGUGUUUGGAUCCGGAGUUUUUGAGCUGGAUCUGCACGAAUUUAAAAACCACAAAGGUUUGCUGGCUAGCGGGAGCGCGUGCAAGCCCAACUGCAGGACUUAUUUCAGAAUUUGCUUGAAGAACUAUCAGGCUGUGGUCUCGCCAGGUGACUGCAUCUUUGGAAGUACAAUGACACCAGUGCUGGGGACAAACUCUUUCAGCGCCAAGGACAGUGGCACUUUACCAAGACCGAUUCAGAUACCGUUCGACUUUGGGUGGCCGGGGUCAUUUUCAUUAAUAAUUGAAGCCUGGCAUUCACCUUAUGGAAACCUACCUGUAGAUACCAACAACACAGACUUUUUGAUUAGCUUUUUUGCCGUCCAACGACAGCUAGGUGUUGGGACUGACUGGGCUCAGUAUACGCAGAGUGGGAAGCAGACAGAGCUGAGGUAUUCAUACCGCUUAAUCUGCAACGACAGUUACUACGGCGAAAGUUGUUCCAUGAAAUGCACGCCAAGGGACGACCGUUUUGGCCACUACACUUGCACCCGCGAUGGGCAGUUAUCCUGUCUGCCCGGCUGGAAAGGGAUAUACUGCGAAGAACCGAUCUGUCUAGAGGGCUGCAGCGAGAGGAACGGAAACUGCUCCAGACCCGGCGAGUGUGUCUGCAGAGAUGGCUGGCAGGGCACAUUCUGUGACGAGUGUAAGAAGUACCCGGCCUGUAAGCACGGUACCUGCCAGCUGCCAUGGCAAUGCAACUGUCAGGAGGGCUGGGGAGGCCUAUUAUGUGACCAAGAUCUCAACUUCUGCACCCAUCACCAUCCUUGCGUGAAUGGCGCCACCUGUAUGAACACAGGCCAGGGAAGCUAUACAUGCACAUGCCUGCCAGGGUUCACAGGGGUCAACUGUGAGCUGGAGAUGCAGGAGUGUGACAGCAACCCCUGCAGGAACGGAGGGAUAUGCACAAAUUUGGAGAGCAGCUACAUGUGCUCAUGUCCUCAGGGUUUUGAGGGCUCCCACUGUGAACACAGCCUGCUUACAUGUGCCGAUUCCCCCUGCUUCCACAGUGGCAAGUGCUGGGAGAAGGACAAUGGCCGCAGCUACAUGUGCGAGUGUCCCCGUGGUUACACCGGACUCAACUGUGAGAAGAGAGUGGACAAGUGCACGUCGCUUCCCUGUGCUAAUGGUGGUCUCUGUCUGAUCCAUAACAGCAUGCGAAUGUGCAGCUGCCGAGCAGGAUUUACAGGCCAGCGUUGUGAAAUCAACAUCAAUGAGUGCGCCGGAAACCCCUGCCUCAAUGGAGGCACCUGCCAAGACCGAAUCAACGACUACUCCUGCACCUGUCCUGCAGGUUAUGGUGGACGAAACUGUGACAGAGUCCUGGAUGAGUGUUCCCUACACCCUUGCCUCAACGGGGGCAUUUGCACUGGCGGUGGUGGGCCAGGCAAACCUCCUGCUACCUGCAUCUGCAACCCUGAAUACACUGGGCCCCGCUGUGAGUCCUUCGCCGCCGUAACUUCUCCUGUCACCAACCGAGACAUCCAAGAUGGCUUCCAGUGGGCGGCGAUUUCUCUGGCUGUGGGGUUGGUGGCGUUGCUGGUGCUGUUGUGCAUGGUGGGCCUGGCUUUGCGGCACAUCCACAGGCAAGCCCAGAGGGAGACAGGAGACGCAGAGACUAUGAAUAAUCUGUCCAAUUUCCAGAGGGAUAACGUGAUCCCAGCGUCGCAGCUGAAAAACACCAACCAGAAAAUCGGCCUGGAGGUGGACUGUGAUUCCGAGAAAUCGAACUUUAUCCAUAAAAACUAUCACUUGGACUCGUACAACUCAAAAUCAAAGGAGUUCAAGGAUGAAAAGUCACAAGAAGAUAAAAGUCUUAUUUAUGACAAGUGUUUAGAAGAUAAAAUGCCCUUAAGUAGAAUGUACAGUGAAAAGCCAGAGUGUAGGAUAUCAACAAUAUGUUCCUCAAGAGACUCCAUGUACCAGUCGGUAUUUGUUAUAGCAGAGGAACGGAGGGAAUGCGUCAUAGCAACUGAGGUAUAAACUGUGAGGGAUCUGAAAGCAAGGGGACGAAGGAAAAAGAUACAAUCGAGGAACACAAUACAGAACAGAACACAAUAUUCUGGAUUGUUUACAAAUGCCGAGAAGAGACUGGAGAUUGUUUUAGAUGUCCACUGCUGCUCUGGAACACUUGAGAACUGGAAAGGGCAGAAAAACUCUGCUCCGCAAAAACAGAACAGGACUGAGAAACUCUAUGUUGACCGAGUGUGUGUAUGCAAAAACAUGUACAGUGAAGGACCUCUCUCUCUUAGUUGUGACAAUGGUUGAACGGAGUGGCGGAAAAAGACUGACGACACGACGUGUGAAGACUAACAGAGCAUCGGGAAAAAUAUUAAUUUAUAAAUUCAGCCAUCCUGGACAGUAAAAUGAGGCGCAGGUGGAUGAUUGCCCCUCAUACCAGCCUUGUGUGAUAAUCAUGAUGACUUUGACAGCCAACCAAUCAGUUAAAAUGGUGCCUAAUAUGAGAUGUGAACGCCCCCCCACCCCAAACCAACCACCGCACCACCCCGCACACAUGCGCACACACUCCUGCCAGCUUCGCCUGCUAUGCAAGACUCAGGGUCGAGACGAGUGCACUCGCCCACCGUCACAAUCCAACCUCACAAACACUGAGAGCUAUGAAUGUCUGAAACUAAUCUUCAACAGUCAAUCACGUGAAAAUGACUGGUUGGAUUUUUCCAUGCAAUGGUGAAGAUUGUAUGCAGCCCAAAUUCACUAGAAGCCUUAAAUGCAGGGGUUAGAAUGCUAAAUUUGUGCCCUUUUCUGUCCUUGGAUCAAAAAAAAAAAAAACAACAGCGGGGGGGAACAAAAAAACCCUUUUCAAUCAACAGCGAUUUGAAGACAAAACAAGAACAACAAGAACAAGAACGCAAUAGCCACUGCUGUGCCAGCAAGAUCCAAAAGAAGGGAAAAGUGUGCAUAGAAAUGCAUUUUUAUGCAACCCAAUGGAGAAAAACAAAGCGGAAAGACUGUCACGCCACUGCCUGCCUAUACGUUUCAAAACUACAGAACCAAUAAUGUAAUUUUUUAAAAUUAUUAUUUCCAGAGUUUAAUUUAAUGACACACUGCUCUUUAUAUGUUUUAUAAUAUUAUUUUGUAUAUAAUGCAUAUUUAUAAGGACCAAACUUCUGAAGAAUAAAACUUCCUUGGAAAUUGUUUUUAAUUUGAUGUCAGUAAAAGAAAAUUAUUUUUGAGGUGUUUUUAAAUAAUGAAAUUGAGUACAAA